AUGCCAGAAUCUGGCCAGGGGACUGAAACCGAUGACGGAGAAAUGGCGCGGCUUUUUUUGAUGGGGCGUUUUGAUGGGGCGUUUGAUGGGGCGUUUUAUGGGGCGGAAGUGGGAAGGGCUCCCAAGCACCCACGUACCUUUGCCAUGACAGAGCAUUCCACGGAACCGAUCCCUCGACCGUGCGGCCCGCCGCCACCCGUCAAGAUCUACGAGAGCCUAGACGACCUGUUUCAAGAUAUCUGCACUCACGGACAGGAACACGGCUAUAGCAUCGUCAGGAAUGGGAAAAACGGACUCAAAUACAAGUUCAGAUGUGCCAAGGCUCGCAAGUACAAGGAUCAACGCUCCUCCGAAAUUCACGAGAGCAAGCGGAGGAAGUCCAGCACCCAGAUGACCGGCUGCAAGUUCCACUGA